AUCUGGUAGGAGCACUGACGAGCGCUAGUGGCGGUGACAGGUCGUGUGCACGCUGAGGGCCGGACCCAUCAGGGGGAAGGCAAUGGUAAUGGCAGAAAGGUGGUUUAACUGGUGGAACAGCCUGGUGGAACAGCCUGCUAGAGUUUCUGACGUGGUCACAACAUUACUACCAUACUCUGGAAGCAUGGCAGCUGGCACUGCAAGCUACAGCCGUCUACGUCUCACUAAUCCGAGUAUAUAUUAUAACCAGGAAUAUAUAAAUGACCCAAAAGGAAUUCUAUAAUACAUUAAGCCGGCCAGUUUCCGCCCAGAAACUGCCGAGUUAACAGCCCGUGGCAGGACCUAUAUGGAAGCGAACAAUCAUGCUAUCAUUAA